AACACACUUGUCAUCACAAAAUAAUCGUCGGGUUUUUUAUAAAAUUGUAAUAAUUGCUGUGAUUAAAUUAAUUAGUGAGAAAGAUUAGUAACGGCGUAAUAUAUAUUCGUACCAUUUAAACAAAAGUUAAACCAUGUGUGUUUUUUGUUAGAAAACUAUGUAAUUUUUAAUGUAAUCGGAAUGUCUGCAAAACCGACGAUUUACCAUGAAAAACAAGUUAAAGAGCUGUGCGCGCUGCACGCACUUAAUAAUUUAUUCCAGGAGCGCGGGACGUUUUCAAAGAACGAGCUGGACGGGAUCUGCAGCCGGCUGUCGCCUAACGUGUGGAUCAACCCGCACCGCUCCAUGCUGGGGCUGGGCAACUACGACAUCAACGUGAUCAUGGCGGCGCUGCAGCUGAAGGGCUGCGAGGCCGUGUGGUUCGACAAGAGGAAAGACCCGGGCUGCCUUGACCUAUCAAACAUCUGUGGGUUCAUUCUGAAUGUGCCCUCUGACUACAAGUUCGGCUUCGUGAUGCUGCCCCUGCGGCGUCGUCACUGGAUUGCCAUCCGUCAGAUCCAGGGGAACUUCUACAACUUGGAUUCCAAGCUGGAUGCACCACAGCUCAUUGGAAGAAGCAGUGAUCUCAUAGCCUACCUAAAGCAGCAGAUGGAGUGUAAAGAAAAAGAGCUGUUUGUGGUUGUUAGCAAGGAAGUGGAAGAGAAGCAGCUCUGGAUGAACCAGUUCGCCGUCUCCUCGCCAACCCACAACCCCCCCCUCAACCACUGUGACAGCCCCGACAGUGUUACAGACAACAGUAACCCGUACGAGUCUAAAAAUGAUAGCGUAGAGUGUCUUCAAAUUCAUGAAGUGCGGAACUGUUCCUUGGCGGUUAAUGACUUUUAAUAGUGUACUUUUUCCAUGAGACUGAUAGUGUCGACUGUUUGGUUCUGUGGGUGUUGGAAAUUGAACCGUAAAAUUGAUUA